AAUAAAAAAGAAACACAUAAUUAAUUUUUCAGAAGACAGAAAAUGGCGACUCCUUGCGUCUUUAGCAGCUUCAUACUUUUGUUAGGGCUGCUUUUUGCAAAACCAUACGUAGCAUCAGCGGCCUGGCUACGAGCCCAUGCAACUUUCUACGGUGGAGGUGACGCUUCUGGUACAAUGGGUGGUGCCUGUGGAUAUGGUAAUCUUUAUACCGAUGGUUAUGGAACCAAAACUGCUGCACUGAGCACUGCUUUGUUCAAUGAUGGAAAGUCAUGUGGUGGUUGCUAUCAAAUUAUCUGCGAUGCCACUAAAGUCCCUCAAUGGUGCCUUAGGGGAACUUCUAUUACUAUUACUGCUACGAAUUUCUGUCCACCAAAUUAUAAUCUUCCUAAUGAUAAUGGAGGAUGGUGCAACCCCCCACGACCUCACUUUGACAUGUCUCAACCCGCCUUUCAGACUAUUGCCAAGUACAGGGCCGGAAUCGUACCUGUCAUUUAUAGGAAAGUGAGAUGCAAGAGAAGUGGGGGCAUAAGAUUUACCAUCAAUGGCAAGAACUAUUUUGAGCUAGUGCUUAUAUCAAAUGUAGGAGGAGCUGGAGAGAUUUCCAAGGUUUGGAUCAAAGGGUCAAAAUCCAAUAAAUGGGAAUCCAUGUCACGGAAUUGGGGUGCCAAUUGGCAAAGCUUAAGAUAUCUCAAUGGCCAGAGCUUGUCUUUUAGAGUCCAAGCUAGCGAUGGGAGGACCCUGACAGCUCCUAAUGUUGCACCUUCCAAUUGGGUUUUCGGCCAAUCUUUCAAAAGCAACCUCCAAUUUUAGAAAUCACAGACGUCAAGAUGUUUCCUCAUUGGUUGUGCUUAUAGUAUACUAUUUUCUUCUUCAACUUGCCCUUGAUUUUGUCUAGCUGUAUUGCUCUUACCGGUCAAAUUCUAUGUAAUCAGCUUGGUUGUGGCUUAGCAGUGAGCCGUGAAGCCCACCAAGUAAUGGCAUAUAUAUUAUAUAAUAUUACUCGGUGAAUAUAAACAAUCUUACAUCUUUUUUAUCUACUGCACAAAUAAGCUCCUGAACUGAACUAUAAGUCAGAAUGCAUGUAUUAUCCUAACGUUCACUUUUGUUUAUAUAUACUUUUAAAAUUUUAAAAAAUUA